AUGGCCUCCAUGCAGGACGGGCUGAACUUCACGGCUCCUCCCUACGGCAAGGUCCUGCUGCUGGGUGCUAUCGCUGCUGCCUCAGCCUUCGUUGUCACGAUCCUAAUUGUGGUGCUCUGCGUGGGCUGCCAGAGGAAGGGGAAGACACACAAUGUUCCCGGUGAGGGUGGAAAGCACCGUCUCAUGGACAUGGGUAUACUCAGACAGUCCAAGCUGCGGUCCAUCAGCCUCUCUAAAAGAAAAAGGUCCAGCCAGCAUGGCGUUCCGACCCGCAGGUCUAACUCUGACCUUCGUUCUCAAGGCAGGCAGCUUCCCCAGAUCCCCUCUGGGACUGGAGAGGAAGGGGAGCACACUUACUCUGAAGUGGGCCGAAGCUCCUCCACCACACGUACUGACGAUGCCCUGUACGCCAUGGUAGGCAGGGCCGGGCAGACGGACACCCCGGCCCCUCCAGCCGUCCCCGCCAACACCCCGGCGCCCCCGGACCCGGACGGUGAUGUGGAAGGAGGGCUGCCAGAAGGAGAGUCCGAGGUCAUGUCCCCCCCUCAUCCUCCGGAGACGGCCGAGUACGCCUGCGUCAGGAAGCUGAGGAAGGCGGACAAGGCCCCCCAAAAGAGGGACAGCGGGACGGAUAUGGGGGAGCCGCCGGUGCCGCCUCCACGACACGCCCCGCCAUCGCAUCCCGCCCCUCCUCCACCACACCCGCACAGCACCAAGUUGCCCCGUAGAAACGUGGAUGCCUUCAAUGUCCCAGCAUUCCCAAAGGAAGUGAUGUUUAUGGGCAAUGGAGAGCAGUACAUCUGGAAGCCUCCAGAGGAUGAGGAGAUGCUCAUGCACCAAAAUAAAGCCCUGGGACCGUUGGGUGCUCACACAGUGGAGAAUAUACAACCGUCUGCUGCUGUGGUGGCUGAGAUGUACUCAAAGGUGUGUAAACCAGGAAAGAAGAAGCGAGCUGUUCCCGGCUCUCCCCCAGGCAAUCCUGGCUUCCGGACCUUGGGUCGCGGUGACCGGGACCGAGACCGGGACGGGGGGUUUAGUGUAGUGGUCAAACCCCAGACGUGGGCCCUUCAGGAGGGCAAAGCCAUCGGAGGGCCCCUCGACGACCACUGCUACGAGUCCAUCGGGACGGAGGAGUGUGACCUGUCCUAUGACAACAUGGAGGGUGGAGGCGCCUGGAAGAGAGAAAGGCCCCCCAACACCUGUGCCACCCUGCGGCCGAGGAGGAAGAAAGCCCAGCAGCCUUUGCAGCAGCAGCAGCCCCCUCCCCCGCCGCCCACACAGCAGACCCCCAAGUUACAGCACCUACCCGCUAAAGCCCUGCUGCUGCCGGGGGAGAACCUGUACGAGAGCAUCGGCGACCUGAAGCAGGGCUCCGCCACCUCCAGCACCACCACCAUCUUCACCUUCAACGACGGCAUGGAGAUGUAUGUGACGGGGCUCUGAGGCGGCGGCUGCGCUGUGACCCCUAAC